AUGUACAACUUAAACCUCUACCUGUGUCCUUCUGCUGCAGGUAUCAUUGAGGCUGUGGCCAAAGACUUCUUUGACAUUGAUGUGACCAUGGAUAUCCUCAGCAUGAAUAAGGAAGAGGAGAGGACAGGAAAGAAAGAGCAUGUUGUGUUUCUGGUUGUACAGAAGUCUCACAGCCAGAUGGGAAGGGCAAAGCCAAACAGGUUAAAAGGCAACCAGGAUAUCCAGAGGGACCAAGAGCUGAGGGUCAAGCAAGCCGGAGUGAAUAUUCAGAAGUAUGUCCCAGGACUCCAAAACCAGAAGAUUCGAUUGGAUGAGUAUUUCUCCAUCAUUCAUCCCCAAGUUACCUUCGACAUUUUCAGCAUCUGCAAAUUUAUCAACAGUCAAUUUGUCCUGAAGGUCCGAAGAGAAAGGAUGCCUGAGGCAUGGAAAAGCCAGCCCGCACUCAAACUGCGAGGCCAGAUGAUCUGGAUGGAGUCCGCGCGGUGCAUGAUAUACCUGUGCUCCCCGAAGCUCCGCAGCCUACGAGAGCUGGAGGCGCACCGGAUGCACCUGUCUGACAUCGCCCCCCACGACACCACCAGGGACCUCAUCCUCCUGAACCAGCAGCGGCUGGCAGAGAUUGAGCUGUCCAACCAGCUGGAGAGGAAGAAGGAGGAGCUGCGGGUCCUCUCCCAGCACUUGGCCAUAGAAAAGAAGAAAACCGAGACCUUGCUUUAUGCCAUGCUGCCGGAACAUGUGGCCAACCAGCUGAAGGAGGGCAAAAAGGUCGCUGCGGGAGAAUUUAAAACCUGCACCAUUCUCUUCAGUGACGUGGUGACAUUUACUAACAUCUGUGCUGCCUGCCAACCUAUCCAGAUAGUGACCAUGCUGAAUUCCAUGUAUUCCAAGUUUGACAGAUUAACCAGUGUCCACGAGGUCUACAAAGUGGAAACUAUAGGAGAUGCCUACAUGGUGGUAGGGGGCGUACCGGUGCCCAUUGGAAGUCAUGCUCAAAGAGUGGCUAACUUUGCUCUGGGGAUGAGAAUUUCUGCAAAAGAAGUGAUGAAUCCUGUUACUGGAGAGCCCAUCCAGAUCAGAGUGGGGAUCCACACGGGACCAGUCUUAGCAGGUGUGGUGGGAGACAAGAUGCCGCGGUACUGUUUGUUCGGUGACACUGUGAACACGGCUUCUAGGAUGGAGAGUCACGGGCUUCCCAAUAAAGUGCACCUCAGCCCCACGGCCUACAGAGCUCUGGAGAAUGAAGGGUUUGAAAUAGUUGAGAGGGGCGAAAUCGAAGUGAAAGGGAAAGGGAAAAUGACCACCUACUUUCUGAUCCGGAACCUGCAUGCCUCGGAGGACGAGAUCAUGGGCAGACCUCACAGCCGGCUUGAUCGCAAGGAAGCAAGUACUCAAGGACGUCAAGACAGAGCAGCUGUUGCCAUCAUGCAGUACAAGGACAGUAGGCAGCUGUCCCUGAAGAGUGACACAGCAGAUGCUUCUGAUGAAAUGACACCUGAAGGGAGUUCAGAGGCAGGACAGGACUCCGUGGAGGCAGCUGACAGACAGCGGUCUUCAGAUCAGACAGAGACACCUCGCUUUCCUAAUGACGUUCUGCCGUCUGGUUUCUGUGCUCUGUUGUAACAGAGGGGAAACGAACGCCUGGGCUUAAUUUUUCCCCAACUUAGUUUUAUGGAGACAAAGGAAAGUAACUUCUUUUCAUUUCUCACUUCAGAACGUCUUAAGCUGCGUCUCUUCCUCAUUGUCCCUUUGAGAAUAGAAGUCUAGAAACGAAACCCAAUCCUGACAGGUUUGGAAAGUGUCUUUUACAUUCUCAGUUCGAAGCCAACCGCCCCCCCCCCCCCGCCAACUUUGAGACUGCGUCUUGUUUGCUCCCACAGAUGAGAAGUUCAGCUGAGGGGCCCCUUUCUGUUUUCUUCUAACCGGGGCGAAUGGCUUCCAUGCUCUCAUUGCUGGGGUUCCGCUGAAUCUUUGCCUCUGAGCAAAAGCCCCAGUGGCCAGCUUCAGAGGACACCCUGACCUCUGAGCGCGUUGUGUGCAAUGUCUUGCUUUAAAUGAUGGUGGGAGGGAAGGGGAGGAAGAGGCGGAGGCAAGAGACCCAGACCCCGCAGUUUAUAAAUCACCCCAUAACACAGCCGGGACGUGAAAGGCACUCGGCCAGGGGUUGUGAAAGGAAAUAAUUUUCAUUCCCAGCCCUGGGAAUUAUGUGAAGCAAUAGAACGAAAGCUGCAGUCCCCAGAGACUUUCUGAAAGUAGGAUGCAGGGGAAAAUGUGAAAAUCACAGGAAGGGCAGACUUAGGAAAGAUAGGGAAGCAGAGCAGAAUGAAGUCAGACACCCAGGCCCCUUGGCCAGCCACCUUCACGACACAGAAGGCCCCUCUACUACUCGUCGCUGCGGGCAUGGAAACACCUUCUGCCGCAGAGAGCGCCGGAGAUGUUCUCAGAGGCGUGGGCCCGGGCAGGGGGGAGGCAGAGAUGUGGUCUUCGGACUAUGCAUCUGCGUUUGGGGAUGGCCAGAAACUUGGCACGUAUGUUUUACCUAGAUAAUAAAGAAAAUCUGAGGGCA